GUAAAGAUCACCAGGAAUAGUGCAAAACAAGAAACCUAAUGAAAAUGCAGGAUAUGUGAACCUUAAUUUAAGCAAAGCACAUGCACAUUAUUUGCAUCUCAUCUUCAAAUUAACUAUCUUCUCUCUAACUCCAAUUAUAUUAAUAUAUGUAAAUUUCCAAUUCAUUCCCCCAUUUCCAAAUAAUCAUGGCUCCAAAUCCUACUACUACCGUCCAAAAUAUGACUACUAUCAGCCACGCCCCUAUGCAUCCAACCACUGUAUUCCGGUGGGUCCCACUACCCCGCCGGAAAUUUUCAUUCCGGAAGAAGAGAUUGCCGACGGUCCGUUUAGGCGGUGGCGGAAAGAACAACAACAGUCGCCGGGGAUUCUUCCGGCGAGUGAAAUUGCAGUGGCUGAAGUUGCAGUACAGGUGUUUGUUGAAAAAGCUGAGAGAAUAUUACGAGUGUGCUGUGAAAGAUUUAAAGGAAAAUGGAGGAGCCGUUGAUACGUUCCAGCAACGUUUGUUAUUGGAGACUUCUUUUGCUGUUCCGGUUAUGGGUCUUUCCUUCAAUAAUUUUCCUAAUCAUUACGGCACUUAAUGAAUAUUUUUGGUAAAUAUUUAAAAUUUAUAUUAUGUGUUUAAUAUCAAAGCUAUGUAUUCUUUUUUUAAUAUCUUUGAGGUUGAAGUUAUUUUUGGAA